AUGUCCACCGAUCCAAAAUACAAUGACCUCCACCAACAACUCUUCGAAGAAGGUCUCAGAGUCCGUCGUGCCGUAGUAGGCGAUUCCUACGUCGACCAAGCCCUUGAGAACGGAUCAUCUGAAUUCGCCUGGGCAGGACAACAACAUAUUACUGAAUGGGCAUGGGGCAAUGUAUGGACAAGGCCAGGGCUGGAGCGACGGGAUCGCAGUCUGCUCAAUAUCGGCAUGUUAAUGGCUUUGAACCGUGCGCCCGAGCUGGCUGUUCAUAUUCGAGGUGCUCGUAACAAUGGAUUGAGCGAGCUUGAGAUUCGUGAGGCUAUUAUCCAUGUAACUGUCUAUUGUGGUGCUCCUGCGGGUGUGGAUGCGAUGAAAACUGCUGAACGAAUGUUCAAUGAGAUGGCUGAGAAGGGAGAGAUGCCGCGUGAGCUUGGAUCGAAGGCUAAGAGUAAGGAAGAUGCGAAAAACGAGUCGAAAUAG